AUGGACGAUCAGGAUCAUAGUCCGUUGGAAAACGACGAACUUAGCGAAUACGAUAUUUACUCCAAAACGCCGCCCAGGACGAAAAUUCUCAGGAAAAAUCGCGACAGGAAAGUCCGAGAACGCCAAACAAGCAGCCCGAUAGUUUCCAGUAAAACCAAAUCUUCCCUUACGAGAAGACACACGACGGGCACAAUGCACGAAGACACCUACCAGCCCAAAUCGGAGCACCAGGACGAAGACGGUCCGAAACGUCUAAAUAAACGCCAAAUGAAGCUCCUUAGAGGCUCCGAACGCGACUUAAAACUCGACAUAGCCAUAGCCCAAGCAGCCAACUCCGAUCACCAAUUGCACGAUGAUCUACCCGAGGAACUGGAGUACCCCAAAACCCCCAGCUAUCAAAUCGAAAGCAACAAAAGGUUUAUGAGCCUGAUGGGCAGGACGGUCCCUUGCAAGAAACAGUUCUGUCCGAAGGGCCGGGCGAAGGACGAGGAGCAGGAGAAUCGAAGCUGCGAAAGGAACGAGGAGGAGCCGCCUUUGAACGGAGAAUGUCCAGCCAGGAGGAUGAGCAGAGAGGAGAGCUUAUGGCAGAACGAAUUAAAAGAUCUCAUAUGGCUGGAGCUCCAAGCCUACCACGCCGACAGGACCCCCGUCGAGGAAGACGCCUACCUUUGCAUGGCCCGCGAAUGCGUCGAGCCUCUUUUGAACGAUAUCAAAAAUUACAAAUUCCAGAGACCAUCCAGAAGGUAUCUAACCCAAAACAGCGACAGCGGCCUGGAGGAGGACUGUCCCGGCUGCGUUUCGAUCUACUGUCACCCGUGCUUAGAGGCUCAAAACGAGGCGCUCGGCGAGAUCGAACGGUUGCUCAAACGCCUGGAAGAAGCCGAGCGAUUGUUCCCAUCGAGCAAGGCCUUCGCGGAGCUCUAUCCGCUCUACAGAUCGCCGGAGAUCGUCGGCAGGGUGAGGGCCAUGUGCCAAUGGUACAAUAUGACCAAAAUACAGCGGUUGAAGUUGAACAUUUUGGGGAGAUUGGUGGUUUUGUUGGAUAGCAAACGGUCGGAUUGGCCUUGUAGCUCGGCGGGGGACGAUAACGGUUCCGGCAGCCCAUCGGACAGCAACAACAGCACCAAUUCAACCUUCAGCCUCAUCAGCAACCAAGAUUGCUCAAACACCAACGAUCUCUACCAACCCGUCUCGCCCAUUUGCGAUCUUUUAGCUCCCAAAUCCGGCUCGAACAAAGUCUCCCCCUACCGGAGGUACAUCGAGAACGUGCUCAAAACCCGAGCGCUCGACAAGAGCCUCAAUUUUCUGAGCAAUUUGCACAGCCACGUGCUCAGGAAGACUCAGAUCACGCUGGAGUAUCCGGACGAUGCGGGGGUUUUCUCGAAAACCGGGUGUUGCUCAGACGAUGAGGAGCUCAGAAGAUACGGCUGUUGGAGCCCCGAAUACAAAACCUUAGAUCUACCAUCAUACAGGACGUUGUUCAUAUUUUUGGCCACCGUUCCAUUGGAAGUCGUACACGAAUAUUUGCUGAUGCGAUUGGAACAGAAACCGACCAAUCCGUCCGCUCUGAGCAUCAGGCAGCUGAUGAGAGAACUGAAAACCGGAUUGUACAAGGCUAUCCAGGAAAGAGAAAUUUGCCACAAUUUCCCCUAA